UUCAAAAGUCGUAUUGAACACCCAUAUAGUUAGGCUCUGAGACUAACAAACAAAUUUAUUCAUCCAAACAACCUAAACCCCAAAAUCGGUAUCUGUUUCUCGUUUCGAUAAGACAAAACAGCAAACAGUUACGAGACGCAUCGAUUUGUUGGAUUAAUCUUGUGAAUCACCUUCUUUUUCUUUUUCUUUUUGUAUACUGUUUACUAGAAUCGGUUUCUUCUUUACAAUUUUGAUCGGAUUCCAUGAUCGAAUCUUCCCCAGGGUUCUUAUCUGAACAUCUACUGAUUCAUUUUCAAAUUUGAAGUAUUGGACGUUGAUGAGUCGCUGUGGCUUUCUGAUCAACGAUGUGUUUGCGUGGAUUUUACAUUUGGAUGUUCUUUGACGUGCAAAGAAUCUUUGGUAUAUAUUAGAGGCUUGAUGUUAUGGGAUAGCGAAUAUCAAUCUUAAAAUGACAGAAAACAACACAGAUUCAAUAAUGGCAAUAGAAGAAACUGGCAAAUCUUUAAAAGAAACUCUUCGUGCUCAACAACAACUACUUCAAAAACUUUACAAUGAAUUAGAUGUAGAAAGAGAAGCCUCUUCAUCAGCAGCUAGUGAAGCAUUAGCAAUGAUUCUUCGUCUUCAAGGAGAAAAAGCUUCUGUAAAAAUGGAGUCGGAGCACUACAAAAGAUUAGCAGAAGAAAAAAUGUGUCAUGCAGAGGAAUCGAUUGAAAUAUUCGAAGAACAAAUCCACCAAAAAGAAAUGGAAAUUGCUUCAUUAGAUUGUCAACUUCAAGCCUACAGAUACAAGCUAGCAAGCUUAGGGUUUGAAGAUAUUGGAGCCAGUGAAACAAGCCAUGAAAGUCUUUUGAGAAGAAACUCUGCACCCCCAAAACUUCUGAGACUUGCUUAUUUGAAAAGAAAUCGAUCCAUAAGUCCAGAUUCUGAUAUAAUUUCAAGAACAUUGGAUGAAAAUGAAGGGGAAGAUGAAAGUUUAGAGAAACAAAGUUAUUGGGAUCAGAUUCGAAAGUUGGAUAAGAUAGUUGAAGAGAUGGCAGAUGAUGAAUAUGUCAGUUUAAGGGUUAAAUCUUCAAAAUCUUCAUCAGGGUUAUCUCAAUUUAAUGAAUUAGAUGAAAAUCAAAGUGUCAAAAAGUUGGAAAAUGAUGAGAUGCCUUCGGAUACUUGUUCUUUAAGUGUGCAUGAUGUGUUUGAAGUCCCUGAAAUUGUUUUAAACCAUGAAAACGAGGUGAAAGAUAAUAAUGGGAAAUUGAUCUUGGAAAGUGAAAAUAAGUUGGAAAAAGUGUUGAUUUUUCCUGAAGAGGCUAUAAAAUCAUACGAAAAAAUGUUACUUUUGAAACAGAAAGAAAAGGAGGUUUUUUUGCCUAGAGAGAAUAUUGUUGUGGAUUGCCAGAUGGCGAUUGAUUGUCCUGUUGAAGGGUCAUCUCAACAAGUGAAGAGAAGAGAAGAUGAGAUAGAAGAUGAACAAGUUGGAAUUACAGGAAAAGAAGAAGUGUUGAGAUUGUUAAAUGAGAUAAAUCAGAAAUUGGAUUCAAUACAAUUUGAGAUCAGAAAUGGGAAAAAGAAAAAUGAAAAAAUGUCUCAGAGCUAUGACUUGCAAAUGCUUCAACUUUCAGAGGCAAUGCUGCACUUUUGGCUGUAAUGUGAUUUAACAAUCUUCCUAAUUGGUGAUUUACCAUGUAAGUGUUUAUGUUUCUAACUACGAGGUUUGGUGUGUAAAGUGAGAGUGGUUCUUGUGAUUUGAUUGGUUGGUGGCUUUUUAGAUUUGUUUGUACCUAUGGCAUAUAUACUUGUACAUAUCAUAUACUGUAUUUUUGAAGUCGCAGUUGCAGUGAAAGUUGACUCAAUAGUGGUGGAAUUGUAUUUUGAGAUAACACUAAAUGAAUUCUUGCAGUGUAAUUGUUGAUUCUAGCUAAAAGAUACUUAAGAAGUAUAAUUUUUAUA